CUCCAGACAGUGGAGAUCAUUUCUACAACUGGAGAACAUGAGACUUUGUAUAGCAGUCUUUGUGCUUUUGGUGGCUGUUCAUUGUGAGGAGCUCUUUAAUGGAGAUCAAGUUCUCAGAAUCCAUGCAGAAUCUAAAGACCACAUCCAAGUCUUGAAGGAGCUGGAGAAGGAUUCAGGGCUGGAUUUCUGGACUCAUGGCUUCUCUACUGAACGUCCUGUUGAUGUCCGUGUGCCUCAUGCCAGUCUGUAUGCCGUCAAAGAUUUCCUGAAGGAAAACAACAUCUCUUUCUCUGUCAUGAUCAACAAUGUUCAGGAGCUUUUGGACAGGGAGAGAGCAGAGAUGGUUAGUAACACGGAGAUGGAGCGCAACACCAAGAGCUUCAACUUUGCUGCUUAUCAUGAUCUGGAUACUAUUUACAGUUUUAUGGACACCCUUGUUGCGAGUCACUCUAAUCUGAUCUCGAAAGUGAAGAUUGGCAGCACCUAUGAGAACCGUCCCAUGUAUGUCCUGAAGUUCAGCACUGGUGGAGAGAAUAAACCUGCGAUCUGGAUUGAUGCUGGGAUUCAUGCCAGAGAGUGGGUUUCUCAUGCAUCUGCUGUGUGGAUCGCUGACAGGAUUGCCACAGACUUUAAGGAAAACCGUGCUCUUGCUCGCAAUGUCCUUAGUAAAAUGGACAUUUACUUGAUGAUUGUGGCCAAUCCUGAUGGAUACGUCUUCUCCCACCUCACCGUCCGGCCGUUUCACCGUUUGUGGCGUAAGAGCCGGUCUGUGACCUCUAACCCAAACUGCCCUGGUGUCGACCUCAACAGAAACUUUGAUGCUGAAUUUAGUGGUCCUGGAGCCAGUGAUGACCCAUGUGCUGAAGACUAUCGCGGCCCUUCUGCUCAUUCAGAGAUUGAAGUGACGAACAUUGCGGAUUUCAUUUUGAGCCACGGCAACUUCAAAUCCUUCAUGACCCUCCAUGCUUAUUCUCAGCUUCUAAUGUAUCCCUACGGCUACACCGGCUCAAAUGCUCCUGACCAGCCUGACCUUCAUGAUGUGGCCACUCAGGCGAACAAAGCCCUCAAUUCUUGGCAUGGCACCAUUUAUAAAGUUGGAAGCAUCUUCCACACUAUUGAGCAAGCUAGUGGUGCAAGUGUGGACUGGGCUUACCAACAUGGCAUCAAAUAUUGCUUCGCUUUUGAGCUGCGUGACACUGGUGAAUAUGGAUUCCUCCUGCCCGCUGACCAGAUCGUUUCCACUGCAAGGGAGACAUGGUUUGCUCUCAGAUACAUAAUGCAAUAUGUUUCUGAUCAUCCUUAUUGAGAUAAAGCUACAAUAAAGUUUCCAUAGAGAUAAAACUGAA